AUGCAGGAAAAGAAAACUUUCAAUAAACCUGCAAAGAACUCACAAGAUCUUGAAGCUGGACUCAAUGCUCUCAGGAACGACUACAAGAGAGAGCAGAUGACGUUUAGGAAGAAGGGUGAUGAAGAUUAUGAGAAUGAUCCGAUCGAGGAAGACGAGAUCAAGUCCACUGCAUCCACAAAGACCCUCCAGGAUGAAAGAGAUGAUGAGGGAUUCCUUACCAAGUCUCAAAGACUCUUUGUCCUUGAGUUCUUCACGAUCUCUGCCUUGAGAUCUAUGAGGAAUUGGAAGGGUCGCGUUCCAAGUGGCUCAAACAAGCGCGAACUACUCAUGACCGCAGUACCGCUCACUAAGACAAAAGUCCAGCUCAUGGACUUUAUCCUUUCCGCUUGUCCCGACGAGAUCUAA